UGUGCCCUUCUACACCACGUGCGCUGCUAAAAAAAGCGAUAAACUUUUCUUUAAGUCGCUUAAAGUGAAGUCGAAGGGGUGGCCAAAUCACUUGUGUUUGUUCUAGGUGUUAUAGCUGGGGACAGACAAGUCGUCGUGAGCUGCAGCGUUGCAACGUGCUUCUUGAGACGCUUUAAGCGUGCUUGGACGUUAAGCAAGUGACACUUAGGCAAUUUCUUCUUGUCAUUUAAUUUUGUUAAUGACCAUGCGCGCUCUACAUUUAUACUUCGUAUUGUUUCCCAGGAAUGGUCGUGCUAAGUCCGAGGGACUCGGCAGAUUACAUCGUCAAAAACGCUAAACACGUAACCAUUGAUCAUGGUGGCAUUUGCAAGGUUGCAGAUGUUGUGCUGGACUGCUACAACAGAGGCCUGGUUGGGACACAUGCGUGGAGGGAUCAUCCAUUGCACCCAAAGGUUGCGGAUGCUUCUGCAGCCCAGUGGGUUUUUCUUGUCGAUGCCCUGAACUUCAACUUCUGGUCGGAAGACAGUUCACAACGGUUUGCAGUCAAGUGGAAUGGCACUCUGUAUACUGGCUACUAUUCAUUAUGUGCUGUUGUGGCUCGCGCUUUGGAGGAAGGUGUGCCCCUUCUCAGUGCUGAGUUCUGCCGCAGCAUUUCUUUGCAGCAAGUGCAGCAGAUAUUUCGAUCUGAUACAAAUGUGGAGAUCCCCCUGCUCAAGGAAAGACACAAAGUUUUGCAAGAAUGGGGCCAUGUUUUGUCCAAUGUGUAUGAUGGAUCAUUUGCCAACUGCAUUCUAGAAUGCAAAAAAAGUUCUCAAACACUGCUUGAGAAGGUUGUGAAAAACUUCACGUCAUUUCAAGAUGAAGGAACAUUUGAUGGUGUUAGAGUGUCAUUCUACAAGCGGGCUCAAAUACUUGUUGCUGACCUCUGGAGCUGCUUUGAAGGCCAAGGCCUGGGCCACUUUGAGGAUAUUGCCACGCUGACAGCAUUUGCUGACUACCGUGUGCCCCAAGUGCUCGCUUAUUUUGGAGCCUUACGCUACUCUCCGCACCUGUCCACUUUGCUCAAUAAAGGAUACAUCUUGGAAAGUGGAAGCAAAGAAGAAGUGGAGAUUCGUGGGGCAACAAUUCAUGCAUGUGAGCUUGUCCGAGAGCAGUUGAAGAAAAAAAUGCAGCCGUCUGAGGAAAUCAACUCAAUACUGGUUGACUACUGUCUCUGGGACUACCGCAGGCAACACGCAAAUGAAGUUGAGCAUGUGCCUUUUCACCGUGUUCGGUGCAUCUACUAUUGAACAUGUUGAAGAAUCAUGAUUAUGAUGGCUCUUUCUGGGACUGCCACAGGCACACUAAGCUGAGCACGUGCCUUUUGGCAGUGUGCGGUGGAUUUAAUAGUAAACAUGCCAUAAGGUGAUGGUUAGACAUUUUGUUGACGUGUCAACAAUGUCCUUUUUAUCAUCCUCUGAGUGACUGUGCAUAAAUUGUUCACUGUCGUGCGGACCAUGUCAAACACUAGGGCAUAAAAAAAUUGAGUAGCAUAUGCCAUGUAAUUUGGUUGAAGGGCUGUGGUAGUGGGAUUAAAUGACAACAUUUUAUUUAGUGGCUUUAUAGUAAUAAAUAUUGUGCAGCAGGUAAAGCUGGUGUAUGUGAAUGUUUGCUUGCUGACCACUUUCUGCAAGUUUGAUGUUAACUAUAAGUUUCCUACAGAUUAAAGUUUCCCCAUUUCGUUUUUCUCUA